UUCAGUAGCGACUCUCUUUGGACCUUUUUUCUAAUUCCUUGUGUUUCCUCACUCCCUCCCCAUUUCUUCUUUCUUUCUUCAUCUCUUCGUCUCUUCCUUGUCUUCCGUCCGUCCGUUUCUUCAGAACUCGGAAACUCUCCGUCGGCCGGCGGGGAAGACGAUCCGCAGGGACACCUAAUUGAUAGUGUUUCAGGGAAAAGGGGGAACUAAUAGAUGAUAUAAGAGAAGAAUUUGGUGAUGAUCCUUGAUGUAUUAUUUGUAAUGUUGGUAGGAUCUAUGAAGAAAAGUAAUCCUUCAAGCUUUAGAUCUUCAGUCGCCGGGAAUACUGGUAUGGAAGGUACAUCUACUCAAUCAAAAGGAAAUUUUGUGCCGGGGAGCUUGAUUUGGGUCAGGCUCAAUGGUGAUUCAUGGUGGCCAGCACAGGUUGUUGAUGGUGACACUGUGAGUGAGAGCAAUAAACCCAGUAAGAGGUUGGCGGGUGAAGUUCUUGUACGGCUGUAUGGGAGCUACAAACAUUUGUAUGCGGAUCCUCUUAAAUGCCGAAAUGACUUUGAAAGUGUGCUCAAACAGAAUAAUGGGAGCUAUCAUCAUGUAUUUGUUAAAGCUCUUAAGACGGAACUUGCUAGUUCAACAUCUGCCAAAUUGAAGGAACAGGGAUGUAAACAUACAGAGAGAAGGAAUGGUGCUUCCCAGGAUAACGGAUCAAAUCAAGAUAUGGAGGAUAGGAAUCAGAAUUUAGAAGACAGGAAAUCUGGAGAUGCUGAUGCAGAAGGUUAUACAGAUUUAACUGUGAAGAGGACUGGAGGACAUAGUGCUCAUCCAAUAGCUGAGGGAUCCAAGAUGAAGUUGGGUUCUCAGAGAGCUGAAGGAGCAACCUUGAGAACCUUUCAACGAAGUAAGACACACAGAAAAGAAAGGCUAAGUGACAAUCAAGAUCCAUCAAAUACUAAAGAUGGUUUGCCGACAACACCAAGAACUGUAGAGGCAGGAGAGAGUGGCAUUUCUAGGAGAGAGAGAAUUGACAAGUGUCUAGAGCUAAAGAACGGGAGCACUGAGCAUCUGAAGAUCAGAACUCCCAAUCAAGAUUGGGUCGAGAAAAAUCAUGAAUCAACCACAGACAAUGCUUCUGUUUCAGCAAAGAGGAAGAGCUCAAAAUUGAAGCAAGAUAGUGUAUCAAGCAGAAUCAAGCUGUAUGGACGAAGUGCAGCAGAAAAAGCAAAACUAAGGAUCUCAGGACAGCUUGGUCCACAGGCUAAGCCCAAGGCCAUUGUCACAAGUAUCGAGUCGAAAGUGGAAAGCAAAUCCUUGAAGAAGCAUUAUGAGGUGAAGAAUGAACAGAAGCAGAAGAGCUUUUGCCAGCAUGAACAACAAGGCUAUGAUGAAGUUGAUCGACAUGAUAGCAUGGCUCGAGGGUUAAAGAGGAAAGACCAAAUUAUGGACCAUGAUAAAGAAUGCAAAAUUUUGAAGCAGGAGGAGAAACGGAAAAACUGCAAGCCGAGUAGCACAAGGGUCGAUGAGAAUUCAAUCAAUGAAUCCCCUUUGCUAGAGAGGUCAGUGAAGAAGCUGGAUGCAAACAAAAGAAAAACUGAGCAAGAUAAUGUGCAGAAGGAACUCAAAUCAAAUAUAAAAGAUAAUGUGCAGAAGGAACUCGAAUCAAAUAUAAAAGAUAAUGUGCAGAAGGAACUCGAAUCAAAUAUAAAAUACGCCAAGGAGGAAACAAAGAUGCGACCUGCAAAAGAAGUUGAGUUGGUGAAGAAAAAAAAACCAGCAAGUGCAACGACACCUUCUCCCAGUUCAACUGGAAGAGCUCAAGAACUUAGCACCCGGCAAUUGCGAGUAAUGAGAAGUCUUGGGUUGAUCAGUCCUGCAGGGUCGCCAUUUCCAAAAGGGAGAACACCAUUGUCGUAGUUUUUGAUCCUGGUGCAAAGGAAUUGGGAUUUUUCCAAGUGUUGAUAGUUGUUUUGUCUUGACAUCUAAUUUGGUUGUCUCACCUAAAGAUUUAGAAGGCGGUAGCCACAAAGCUUAAGAAACCCUAACCUUAGUCAACGCAUGCAAAUAUUCUCCCAACUUUUCAGUCAUUAAUUCACUGUAAUGCUGCCUUGAAAUUUUGUCCAAAAGAAUCAUUCCUUUAGUUAGAGGGCGGCAAUGAUUGCCACAGAUGGUGCUUACUGUUUGCCCAGAAUCUAUCAGAAACGUUAAUGCUGAGUUUGAGAUAUCAGUUUGGUCUGUCCACUUUCAAA